UGAACACAAAGCUUUGUUCAGAGUAAUAAACAUCAAUUACAAAUAUCGGUAAAUGACUAAGGCGUUAACAGAAGGCUUUUGCGUUUAAGAUGAUCAUUAGGAUCGCGACUCGUGCUCACAACGGACAAAACUAGCUAGUCGUAAUUUGCCAAGGUUCAUUCGUAUUUUGAAGGAGGAUUUUCUGUGAAUAAACAGUACGAAGUGACGUGUGCCGAAUCGAGGUUUUAUGGAGAAUGGCGAUAGGAAUACGCAAGAGGAAUGUGUGGGAGAAAUGUUCGAAGCAUCGCAAAGCGACAUCGAAGACUCUCAUGGUGAUACUAAAAUCCAGGUUCCGCUUGGACAGAAUUCCCACAGUAUAGCAAAGAUUUUAGGAAAAAACAACUCAAAACAUCGGAAAAGAGCCAAUCCUUCAAGGCCCGACACAGAGAACGCCAGCGUGAAGCGAAAAAGAUCAGAAAUGACAGAAAAAGAACGCGAAGAUGAUCGAGAUUUGAAAAAUUUUGACGAAGACGAGAAAAAUUCGCGAAAAGCAAGGCGAAGUCGUACCACGUUUACGACAAGUCAACUGCAUCAGUUGGAAAGGCAUUUUGAAACAAUCCAGUAUCCUGAUGUGUAUGCCCGUGAAGAGCUCGCGAAGAUAUUGGACUUGUCCGAGCCUCGUGUUCAGGUAUGGUUUCAAAACCGAAGAGCGAAAUGGAGGAAACACGAGAAAGCUAUGGGUCGAGAGAGUCCCAAUUUGCCACCCGCUAGACCCAUUUUUACCCCAGUUAUGACCCCAUUUUAUCCUCAGGUAUCAUAUUACCACCACCCCGGCGUACCAAGAUCGCUUUACGAGCAUUAUUAUAGAAGUUACCAGCGAUACGAAGCUGGUUUAGCAUACACAAAUGGAUCAAGCAUGACGCCUGGAUACGCACAUCCGAGAUACCCCUUUGCCUUUAGAUAUCCAUCGCCGAUGCCAUUUGCAUACUACAGCAGAUCAAACAGCAGAAUGGUACAAAGGGAUGAAGGCGAGGAGCUGCCACUCGAAAGUAGAACAAAUUCUGGCAAUGCGAGUAAUACUGUUGAUUCUCAAGAGUAGCGAAUUCUGGGAAGAGUCAUGUUUUAUCAUGGAAACGUUGCAAAAACUGCUUUCAACGAAUGCUUGAUAUAGAAAGUCAAAGUCAAUUCAAGAUUGACAUUCCUAUUGCAAAAACGAACCAAUGACGAUGUUGAACAUCUUGCAUUAUAUUGGAUUGAAGACUUUGUUUUGUAGGAGAACUAGAUAGAUAUAGCGCGCUUCCAGGGCGUUUUAGACAAUAAAAAUCUCAAAGAAUGGCAAGGUUCUUCCUAUUUUUUGAGUCUGACGUAUUAAAGAAUGUGUGUCAACCAAGAUGCAUUGCGCACUUUUGUUUAUGUUUACAUCGUUCCUUUUUGAGCUGGCUGCAUACUGAAUUCAAUUUCUUGAUACGGAAUCUAAUUUAUAUGAAAAAUAACAAAAAACAUUGAAUAAAAACUCUAUUUCACAUAAAA